AUGUCCAGCUGCCUCACAGCUGGGCACCACACACUGGAUCAGCACAGCUGGUUCAAUGAAAUACAGGCACAUGAGACGCCGCUAUGGCUGCUGCUGCAGAUCGCGCCCAUCAAGAACGAGCGGGACCUGGUGGUGCUGUUCCUGCUCACCUUCCGCGACAUCACCGCCCUCAAGCAGCCCAUCGAGGCCGACGACAGCAAAGGAGGCCUCAGCAAGUUCGCAAAGCUGGCGCGGUCGGUGACGCGCAGCCGCUCCGUCCUGGUGUCGCAGUUUUCGUCGCACCUGCCCAACCUCAAGGACACCGCCAAGCAGUCCCACCUGGCGCACAUGAUGAGCCUGAACGCGGACGUGAUGCCGCAGUACCGCCAGGAGGCGCCCAAGACGCCGCCGCACAUCCUGCUGCACUACUGCGCCUUCAAGGCCAUCUGGGACUGGAUCAUCCUGUGCCUCACCUUCUACACCGCCAUCAUGGUGCCCUACAACGUCGCCUUCAAGAACAAGACGUCCGAGGACGUGUCGCUGCUCGUCGUCGACUCCAUCGUCGACGUCAUCUUCUUCAUCGACAUCGUGCUCAACUUCCACACGACGUUCGUCGGCCCCGGCGGCGAGGUGGUGUCCGACCCGAAGGUGAUCCGCAUGAACUACCUCAAGUCGUGGUUCAUCAUCGACCUGCUGUCGUGCCUGCCGUACGACGUGUUCAACGCGUUCGACCACGACGAGGACCACUACAAAGAAAAGAACAGUCAGUUAUUUGCCUGA